AUGCGAAAUGUUCUCGGUCCAGCUAAGAACAUGUACAGAAUGGACUGGGACUGCAAUCUGGAAGCAAAAGCAAAGGCAAUGAUUUGGCCAUGCACUACGCCUCUGCCAAUAGACACGAGUAUUCCACAAAAUCUCGCUCAAUGGCUACUUUUCCAAAACAGUCAGGAAACUGAAGUGUUGACGCAAACGCCCUGGUCUUGGGUAACCGCAUCACUACGAAAUCUUCAACCUGAUACAGAAGCUAACAUUUAUAACUGGCAAAUUAGACCACUAUCCAACAUUGCGAACUGGCAAAACCUAAAAGUUGGAUGUGCUCACAAAGUGUGCAAAUUUCCCACCGGGACAAAUAUGGUUGUGUCUUGCGCUUAUGGCGGCGAAGUACUCCAAGAUAACGAAGUUGUAUGGGACAAGGGACCAACUUGCAUGUGCAAUGCUUAUCCCAACUCGUUCUGCUGCAACAAUCUGUGUGACACAAUAGCUGCUGCGACACUUCGCAACCAGCCUUGCAAAUCGACUUGA